AUGAUCCCCAUACCAUCAGCAGGAGGCUCGCACGUCCCAAAUGAGGCUGUACGGCGGAAGUAUCGGCCGGUCCUUUUGGGUCUACUUUUCCUCCAUCUCGCCGUCGCGGGUAUUCGCAUUUACCAACUCCAAAUAGUGAAUGGGGUUAUGAGCCUACUGUGGAUCUCUGGGGCUUAUUACGUGGUGGUCCAAUGGGAGAUGAUGCUGCACUAUAUUACGAUGAUCGGCUUCAUUUUUGGAUUCAACGGAUUCGUCAGUACACUAUACCUCAUUGAGAGGCUGACCAAGGUCAAGGCAGCGCCCAUGUUUUCAUUGCCUAUUGCAGAUUCGUUGCUCGUAGCACAGCCUGUAUUGGACAUCGCAGUGGCUGUAGUGUGCUGGCUGGUUUAUGAAGCCGACAAAGACGGCUAUGCACCUGUUAACGCUGGACCGACAGGGUCGCGUUAUAGUACUACGUACGGCAGCUACUCGGUUUCUGGUGGUCCUACAUUCACGGCCUUCUCUGGUCGUGGUUCGCGACUUGGCUCUGAUAAGGAACAUGUUUAG